AUGAUAUCAAAAGAUAAUAAAGAUAUUCAAAUUGCUGUUCAAAUUCUACAUGAUAAUAAUGAUUUUGGACAAGAACAAGAGAAUAAAAUUAAGAUAUUCGAAAAUUAUAUUAUUGUUCUUCCAACAAUAGAUAAUCAUGUCUCUUCAAUAUACACAUUUGAUCUAGCUAUUAAUACUCAAGAAGAUAUUCCACAAUGGGCCUUAAAUGGACUCUUUUCAAAAGGAAAGCAUACCAGUCUUGUGUUUUAUGAUGUGGCGAAGGAUGAAGAUAAGAAGAGAUUUGACGUGAACAAGAUUACAAAAAAUAUCCUUUCUCAAUUAUUAUCACAGAAAGACAAAUACGAUAUUUAUUUCAAGUUUAUAGAAGAAAAUAAUAGGUCUGAAGAGGGAACUACUUAUAGUAUAAAUGAUGAUAAUUAUGAGAAACCCUAUAAUGCUUCUAUACGUUCUAUCUUUAUUAAAGAAAAGAAUACUUCUAGAUUAGUUUCCCAAUUAAAUAUCAUAGAUUCAAAAAAUAGUGACCAUGAUAUAAUAACGUCAUGGAUUAAUAACAACGAGACACAACAUCCAAAAAAUAACAUAACUCAACUACUUGAGCAAAGUAAUUCCAUUUUAUUUCUGACUUGCAUCGAUUCACAGGAUUCUCCAUCACAAAUUCAAAAAGCAUUUUCAUUUACUUCUUCCAUCAACAUGAACCCUUCUAACAGUCAACUUGUACUCAAAUUACUAAACGAAAAUUCUUUACUUCGACAAUCGCUAUCUAAAUGUCAUCAUUAUUCUUCUAUUACAAGUUCAAGUAGUGAUUCGACUUUGUCCACCUUUUACAAUAGUAAUGAUAAACCCCGUCAUAUAUCCAUUUCACCAUCUCUACCACCUAAUAGUAAUGUCAUUCUUGAAGAAAAGGAGGAACAGAUGACAACAGUUGCUGAUCUACAUCGUCAAAUUGAGGAACUCGAAAAUCAGAUCACAGUAACUCGAGAGCGUAAUAAUUGGGUUGAAGCGGAAUUGGUUAGACUUCAAAAGACGGGAAUGGAACUACGUGAUUUAUGUGAAAAGCAAUCUGUCUUGAUUGAUCUACUCGAGUUUAAAUUUGAUGAAUAUCAAAACGAAAAGGAUUCGACAUCAAAGAUAAAUGAAUUAUCUCAAGAUAUUCAACUAUUAGAUAAAGAACGUAAUGAAAUUGAAGCAAUCUAUGAAAAAUUAGAAAACAUGGUAGCCAAGUUAUCUGCUGCUCAAAUGGAUGAUGAUAAAACGGAUGCAAGAACUAAAAAUAAUAUCUAUUAUAAUAUGCUACCUAAACGUUCUUCCCUCAGAAGGAGUCCCGAUUCCUCAGUUAUCAGCGCUACUUCAUCAAUCCAUAAAAUGACUUCUCUAAGGAACACGAGUAGAUAUGAUGAAUGCAAUAAAAGAAUGUCUAUUCAAUCUGAUAUAUCAAGUCGCUUAAUGUCAAGACAUAACACGAAUAAUCCUUUAUCAAGACAAAGCAGAUCAACUACACCUAAUUAUCCUCCACCACCUACUGACCCUCCUACACAACCUUUACCCCCUAUUCCAACCAUUUCUCCUGACCCUCUGAAACGAAUGUCAACAUCUAGCUACCAACAACAUCAUGACAUGGAUGCUUCUCUUCGUAUUCACAACGCUAAACUGUUAACAGAGAUUCAUGCUCAUCAACAAACAAUCAAAUCUCUCGAAUCUCAACUGGCAGAAAUACAAUCAGAACGUCAAAAGGAGAAGGAGGAAAUUAACUUUCGUAUCACUUAUCUCUCAAAACAAUUAGAAACUGAAUGUGUUCUAAAGGAAAGGGCAGAAAGGGCUCGUGCUAUUUUAGAGAAACGAUUAGAUGCAAUCAUGAUUAAUAAAAAAUCUAAAUUUCUUUGUUUUUAA